AUGAUAACAUCGUUUAUGACAAGUCAAUCAACUUCUGAAUCACAGACAGUGACUGUAACGGAAAGUUCAACUAGCCAAAUCUAUUCUACGGAAGUCGUCACUGGUAUUGAAACAAUGAGUAUAGGAACAUCGGAAAUACCAACCGAAUCGUCUACUGAACGCGAAACUAGCACCGUUAGCGAAGGGCCAGCUAGUCAAACUUCUUCAACGGCAACUAGUCCUGUCACUGAAACAGAAACAAUGAUAACAUCGCUUAUGACAAGUCAAUCAACUUCUGAAUCACAGACAGUGUCUGUAACGGAGACUUCAACUAGCCAAAUUCCUUCUGCUGAACCGGUUGCUACAACUGAAACAGAAACAAUGGUAACAUCAGAAAGUGCAACUGAAUCGACGACAGAAUCACAAACUAUCACAGCAACUGAAGGAUCUAGUGGUCAAGCCUCUUCAACAGAAACAAUUGUUGGUACUGAAACGACAGCUGGAACAACAUUGGAAGCGGUGACUGGGUCGACGACUGAAUUCCAAACAGCAACUGUGACCCAAGUGUCUACUGUUGCAGUAUCUUCAAGUGAAGCAGCUACUGGAACUGAAGCAGAAAGUAUGGGAACAUCUGAAGCGGUAUCUGAAUCUACUAGUGUAUCACAAACAGCCACGAUGACUGAAGCAUCUACAAGGCAAUUAUACUCACUAGAAACAGUUCAAGAACAAUCGACAACGUCAGCAGAAACGGAAGCGUUCAGCCUAACAGAAACAUCGACAACUGUCUCAUUAUUUCCAAGCUCUACUGCAACAUCAUUGGUAACAGAAACUGUUCCAAGUGCUUCUGAAAGUACUACUGAAAUGUUAUCAAUUGAAACAACAUCUGUUUCUGCUGCAAAUACUUCGCAAAUAACCACUCAAGUACCGACAGAAAUGGAGACAACAGCGACUUCAAUUGAGACAACAACUAUUUCCGAAACAGCAUUCAAUGCCACUUCAACUACAACUACCGAAGGAACGGAAACAAUGUCAAUGUCUGAAUCGCAAUCGACAAUAACUACAGAAACAUCGACUGUAAUUUCAUCAAGUGUAGUCACUCAACCGUCAGUAGAAACUUCCCAAAUCAUUACAGAGUCGUCUACUACGACUGUUGCAGUCGUUACCGAAAGUAUUCCUCCAAUUGAAACUACUGAAACUUCUGGAAUAUAUACAGUGUCUGAAUCUGAGAACACUUCAUCAUCAUUAACGUCAUCUACGAUGAGUACUACUGAGACUAGCAGUUCGACUACUCUUUCAAAUGAGCUAUCAACUGAAACUAUGUCUACAUCCGAAUCAAGUUCGUCAUCAUCGAUUACAUCAACCUCUGAAAGUUCUACUCAAGCGUUGGAAAGUACUGAAGGCACAGGCUUUUCCACAGUAACUCAAUCAGAAAUCUCAUCAUCGGCAACAACAACUGAAACCGGUACUACCAGUCAGUCAUCAUCUACAUCUACUUCUGUUGGUAUAAACAAUGAAACAUCAUUCACCGCACAAAUCGAAACUAGCACUUCUACUGAAUCUACGGUUACAACAAGCUCCACUGAAACAACAACUCAAAGUUUUCAAAACGGUACAUUAUUUUUUCUUUAUUUUAACUAUAUGACGGGCAGGUCACGGAUGCGUCGACAGAUUUUUAUUGGCUCACCACCAUCAUCUACUAUCGAAAAUGAAGUAGCUUUAAUUCUGUCUGGAAUGAACAUAACUUGUAAUGACACGUGUAUACAAGUGAGCCAAACUAGUGUUGCACUUCCUGAUGUUGAAUAUUCAGUUACGUUAAAUGUAUUUCUCGAUAUUCCGCAACGUAUAGAACUUGUGAAUGGUUUCUUCACGAAUAAUGUUAGUUUAAAUGAUAGUUAUCGCUUGACUGUAAGAAUAAUUAUGAACUCAGCAACGACAGAUUUUCUAAAUUUCACAACAGUCACACCAGCAUGUAAAGAAUGUGAAUAUGCUUUCACAGGUAAUUGUACUGGCGACAAUACUGGAUGUGUAUGCUAUCCAAAUUAUGCGGGUCAAUACUGUCGAAAUUUUGUUCAAUCAACUACAAUUUAUUUGCCAACAUCCAUCACUCCUUUAACACUAUCAAGUAUUUCCAGUACUACUACAAUAAGCACGGUACAAACUAGUGAAAGUCUAACACAAAUUUCAAUUACGUUAACAGAAUCGACUGUAACUGAAAGUCAACUUUCUACCAAUUAUUCAACAUUUGCUCCCGUCACUAUAGUUAGUGAAACAAGUGGAACUGGAACAUCGUCGAUAGUUACAACAAGUCUACUAACUGAAAAUGUACAAUCUUCACAAGGAACUUCAGAAAGUAUGACAUCAGCAACAUUUUCAAGUACGAGUUCAACAGUAACCAACACAUUAUUCUCAAGCACAAUUGCACAAUCCAUAACACAGGGACAAACCACUGAAGCAACAACAACAAUAUCAACUGCGACCGCAGAAAUAGGAAGCUCAACUGUCUCGAUCACAAUGAGCAUAACAGCAGCAACAGGAACAUAUGGAAACACAACAUUAACCAUGACUACAGCAACUACUAGUACAAGAAUCACAUCAGCGACAGCUAUUACAACAGCAAUGGAGACAGUUGAAAGUACAACAUCAACACAAACACCAUCUACACUAAGAACAAUUGGAGUAACAACAGCAGGUACAGGAACAACCAUUUCAACAUUCGUGCCUACGACUCUUUCAACAGCACAAACCUCAACACAAACAGGUCAAAGUUCAACAACCAUUAGUUCGAGUACUGCAAGUACAGCUCGUAGCUCCGUUCAGACAGGAACAGUCGAAUUGACAACAGUAGGUACAGGAACAACAGCUUCAACAACUACGUCCAUGACCGUACCAACAACAGCAACAGUGACAGUGGUCGUUCCAACGUUAACUAUCAGUGGAGGAACAACAAGCUUGAGCAGCGCAGCGACAAAUGUUACAGCAACAGGAAUAACUAGUUCAAUAACCAAUACAGAUACAUUCAUUACUAUUUCAACAACACUUACAACUAAUACAACACAAAUGACUACUGUUACUAGCAUAUUGAUGUCAACAACUAUUUCAACUACUACAACCGCAUCACCACAAACUUGUGGAUGGGGAAACUGGGUUAUAAUCAGCCCUUGCUCAGCUACAUGCGGAGAAGCGUAUCGAUUGGUGAAUCGAUCAUGCGUAAGUUUGAUAACGGGUCAGACUUGCGAUACCUCUGCAUGCGGUAGUGGCAGUGCGAUGCAAAAUGAAUCCUGUCCUGGUUCUCCACCUUGCGAAACUAUAACUGUCACCCCAGCGCCGAGUAUUCGUGAUCCAACUUUGCAAAUUUCUUCUUACGUAUUGCCGGAUGCAAUGUAUUUUUUCGAACAAAGCUACGAUCGUAUUUGGAUUACAAAUAAGGGUUACAUCAGUUUCGGCUCACCAUUUUAUAGUCAAACAAUGACACGUUUUAUAUUCGGACAACUUUACAACCAGGCUAUUGCAGCUCCAUUUUGGGCUGAUCUUGCGUAUGACAAUACUAACUCUGCUAUCACAGUUAACUGGUAUAGUUCAAUGAGUGCUAAUCAAACUGAUGCGAACACUUACAAUGCCAUUAUUCAAGCAGCAGUAUCUGAAGCAUGUCCAACACAAAGUUGUUCAUCGGAUUUUGCAGCAGUUCGAGUUGUUCGAAUCAGUUGGCAAAAUCUUUACUAUACUUCACCUGGCAAUAGUGCACCUAUAAGCUUGUCGUUCUCUGCAUAUCUGAUAAACACAUAUGAUGUGGGCUCUUAUAGUUAUCCAAUCCUUCGAUCAUAUCUUUCAUUUGACUAUACUAAUUUAACAAGAAAUCUAGGUUAUCUUAAACCUUUUGUCGGUUAUCGUGGAAAAUAUUCUAUAGUUCAAACUUUUAACGAUCCAUUUUUUUAUCAAAAUGCAUUAUUUCUAACACAAGCUUCACGAAGAAAUUUUUAUAUUGGAGGACGCUUUUUGACUCAAUGCGAAGUAAGCUCUUUACAAGAAACAAAUUUGAUUAAUUUGUAUCCGUCGGAAAAUUUAAAUGAUGAGGUAAAUAACCCACGAUUUCCAUGUCCAUGUUCACUUGGUCAAGCAAUAGCAGAUCGUCGUUUCAGUCGUUUAAAUAGUGAAACUAAUUACGAAAGAUUAAAAAGACUUGCUUGUUUUGGACCACUAAUUACUGUUUGGAUUCCUGUUGGAUUUAAUUUUAAGGCACUUAGAGCACAAACAUGUUGUUAUAGCGAAAUUAAUGGAGGUUUAAUUACCUAUGGUGAUCUUGCUGGCUCAGUGCUCUCAAAUCCAUUUAUACUUUUUCAACAAUAUUCUUGGUUAAAACGAAUUGCCUUUCACGAUCAAUGUUGUUCAUCAACAAACUUUGGAGGAACUGCAAAUUGGAAUAUCUGUCGUCUUUAUUAUCAAAUUCAUCCACCAAGCAGUUGUACAGGAUAUCAACCACCUACUAUGGUUACCGGUAUUGGUGAUCCCCAUAUCAAUACUAUUGAUAAUGGGCGAUAUACAUGUCAUAUUCAAGGUAUUUAUGUAUUUGCUCAAACAAAUGAUAAUGCUAUUGCAACUGCUCAAUAUAAUCGUAAUAACACUAGUACAUCUGGCAGUAAUCUUAUCUAUCCUGAUGAUUUAUUUCAAAUAUAUGUUCGUUCUGUAUCUAUACCACCAGCUUUAUCUUAUAUUGAACGAACACAAGGUGAUGCUUCGAUAUUUUCUAGUUACGCAAUUGUUGCUGGAAGUUAUACUUUUAAUAUUAGUAAUAAUGAUGGCAAAUUUGGUUUUGUUGCCAACAAUGGUUCAUCUAUUUUAUCACUUACCGAUAAUUUAGCAAGUAAUUUAAAUUAUGAUAAUGGAGAUUUGAUUAAUUACAAUGAUCGAUAUAUUUAUCGAGUACAACAAACAGUUGUAACUAUAGGAAAUAUAACUGUACCUCAAUUAACAUUUGCUCUUUGGUCUGGUCUUUCAAUGGAAUGUCGAAUUGUUAGUGAAAAUCUUGAUUGUAUUUUAUCAUUACCACAAAAAUACCAAACAUUUAUUGAAGGAUUAAUUGGUAAUUUUAAUGGAGAUUAUAGUGAUGAUUUAAUUAAUCGUCAAACAAGUCAAACAAUUCUUAUAUCACCUGCGGACAGUGCAACAUCUAUGAAUAAUGAUACAGAAGUUCUUCGAGCCUGUCUUUCAUGGAAAGUACCUAGUGAUACAACACCAAUUAUGACAAAUCCAAUAAUGCCGUCAUACUUAGUUUACACAUAUUAUAAUGAAUCUGCAGAUACUCUUGCAAGUUUAAAUCCACGUCUUAGUCAAUCUAUGAUUGAUCAAACAUGUUCAACAAAUUUCGAAUGUCGUCAUGAUUACAUCAUUCGAAUCAAUCCAAUAACUAGUGCUGCAACAGCUUCAUCAUUAAAUUCAUUUCAACAAUCAAGAACAAUAUUAGCUGAAACCGUACCAACUAUCAACAUAUCAUCAGCUAUUCAAAUAGGAAUACCAUAUAAUGAUACGAAUCGUAUUUAUACAUUACCAAUUACUAUAACUGGUGCAAAAAGUACACUUGUAAAUAUUUCUCAAAAUGGUACUAUGAGCACUACUAGUUUUAAUAAUGUGUCGAUUAUGAUUCCAAUUCCGAAUGAUGCUACUAGUUAUGUUCAAGCUUUUUUGACUAUGAAUUAUGGCACAAAUUCUACAUUGAUACAGUAUUUGGAUAUCAUUGCUUGUUUAUGUAGAAAUACUAGUUAUUGUAAUUAUGAUGAUACAACAACAAUAUAUGAUAAUUAUGAACUUGCUGCAUGUCGUUGUCCAGAUCAAUAUGACGGAGUUUUUUGUCAAGAUUCAUAUAAUGGUUGCAAUGCGGGUAGUGCAUGUAAAAUUUAUUGGAAUAAUGAUACAACAUGUAGUCCAUUGAGUGCUGAUGAUCAAGUAAGACUAAAUCGUUCGUAUACUUGCAAUGGUACAUGUUCAAGUGGAUUUAAUUCAACUAAUAAUUACACAUGUGAUGAUAUUAAUGAAUGCCAACAAAAUUCAACUCUAUGUGGAAACGGUGUAUGUAUUAAUCUUAUUGGAUCAUAUACGUGUAAUUGUUCCACUGGUUAUCGAUUUGAAAAUAAAACAUGUGUUGAUAUAAAUGAAUGUAGAGAACCAAAUGUAGAUGGUACUUUUGGUGCUCGUUGUAAUACUACGGAUGUUUGUAUAAAUACAAUCGGUAAUUAUACAUGUCAAUGUAGUCCUAUUUUUAAUACAAAUGGAACUUGUGUUUUUGAUUCAAGUAAGUGUUCUGGUGAUACUUGCAGAGGUGCUAAUGGUACAAUAUUAUGUCUGCGGGGUACAAUCGAUAUAAAUAAUAGUUGUGUUCCUUGGUGUAAUUCAACAUGUCCUGGUUUUUGUGAAAAAAUGAAUGAUGUUUAUCAAUGUAAUUGUGGAAAAUCUCCUGGUUUACGACAUUCUGAAGAUGGAAAACAGUGUUUAGAAUGCUAUAAUUUAAAUUAUGGUUAUGGUUGUAAUCAAACAUGUAAUUGUACGUAUGGUACUUGUAAUUCAAAUGCAACAAGUACAAAUGGAAGUUGUAAAUGCGAUAGUGGAUAUGAAGGAACAUUUUGUGAUAAACGUAUAGACAAAUGCGCAAGCAGUAAUCCAUGCAAUAGUGUUUUGGAAGACUGCGUUACAGAUCCCGCGAAUCAAACUGCUACUUGCAGUUGUAAGAGUGGUUAUCAAAGAAAUACGACAUCAAGUAAUUGUACAGAUAUCAAUGAAUGUGAAAGCCAACUAGAUCUUUGUAUUCGAGAUGUUUCAAGUUGUUUUAAUACUAAUGGAAGUUAUAGCUGUGUUUGUUUAAGCGGUUAUCAGCCUCUUAACGGUUCAUGUAUUGAUAUAAAUGACUGUAACGCGAAUCAGACAAUUUGUUCAGGCUAUAGUAACACAUAUUGUACUAAUACUCAAGGUUCAUAUGAAUGUCGAUGUAGUUCUAAUUAUUCAUUAGGAGGAAAUUAUUAUCAACAAUUUGGAAAUGCUCGAAAUUCAACUAGUUCAUGUUUACCAACAAACUAUUCAAUAUUCUGUGAAAAUCAAUGCUUGAAACCGGCUACAUGUAGUGAAAUAACAGGUCGAUGUCAAUGUCCUGCAAACUAUAGUCUUGCUAGUUAUAGUUUAAAUAAUACUCUACAAACAUGUCUAUGUCCAGGUCAUCCAUAUGUUUAUUUUAAUGGAACUGAAUGUAUUGCUAUAAAUGCUCCAACUGUGUUCACAGUUACUUUCAAUUUGACUUCAUCAGGUCGUUUUAUACUUAUCAGUCCAUUGAAUUCAUCUAAUAUAGAAAAUAAUACAUCCAGCUUUUUAUUAUCUAAUAUGAAUAUACAAUGUAAUGGAUCAUGUAUACAGAUAUACGAUACACAGACUGUUGCACUACCAGCUCGUCAACUUGUUAUUGCGUUAAGUGUUUUUCUUAAUAUUACACAACGAAUACUAUUUGCAAGAUAUUUGUUCAAUACUCCGAAUCUCUUAAAUGCUAGUUAUUCCACAAUAUUUGUACAAGCAAUUAUGGACACAAAUACAAAUGUUACAGUUAAUAUAUCAAAAGCUCCAGAGUUGUGUGAAGAAUGUGUCUAUCUGGGAAUAGGUCUUUGUUUACCAAAUGGGACCGAUUGUCUAUGUACUGGUAAUUAUGGAGGAUAUUUCUGUCGAAACCUUACUACAACAACAACUGCUGUUUUAACACAAACAUUAUCGGAUAGAAAUUGGACAAUUAUUAUUGCUUGUGUCAGUGCUGUAGCUGGUCUUUUCUUAAUAGUUUCUAUUGUUAUGUGUGUAUUCUUUUGCAUAAAACAAAGAAAUACACCUGCUACAGGCAUUAAAUCACUACCGAAUCGUCAACAAUUUACAAUACCCCGUGCUCAUUUUCCAACCGUGGGUACUAUUAGUCCUAAUCUUUUGGACGAUUUUAGUCUUGAUAAUACAAAUGAUGAAUCAUAUGUCGAUGCAUCCGAUUCAUUACCAUCAAGUUCAAAUACAACAUAUAAUACAACAUAUCGUGCAAAUGGAAAUCGUCCUGAAGCUGACUUUGGUAUCUUUGAUGAAUUAGAAAAUCGUAUACCUUUAUCAAAAGGUCAAAUACCACGACCACAAAUGCUUGAUAUGAUGGGUACAUUAAAUAGUUUACCAGCUCAAGAACGAUUUGAUGGACCAUCAGGAGCAGCUAGUACAUUUUCAGAUAGUCGAGAUCUUGAUGAUAUUGAAUUUGUAACAGAUAUGGUUGAUGAUAUGACUAAAGAUGAUGAUAUGGAAGAUGAAUUUGUUGAAGCAUUAAAUCCAAAUUUAGCGAUGCCAAGAUCAGCUUUACGACCAGAAAUGAAAUCAUCAGGAUGGUUUCCAGUAAGUUAA